GUUUUUGGCUCAGAGAUCUCAGAAUUUUUCCAUGAAAACCAGAUAAGAUUGCCAACCUGAAAGCUCCAAAAAGAAAACUAAUCCCCUGCAUACUUUUCCACCACCCCCUCAAUAUUAAAUACGUUUCGUUUUCACCUUCUGUUUCUCUCUCUAUCUCUCUGUUUGUUAUAUGGGAAAAUCACUUCCUUCAGCGACUAAACUUCAAGAAUUCGCCAAAAUCGUGUCACCGGACAGACUCCAAACGCCGAAACGCGUAAAACCCAUAUCGCAAAUCCGAGUCUCGGCCCCGGAAACAGGGAAAUCCGGGGCUGUCCGAGUCGAAUCGGAGCGAGUGAAGCAGCAAAAGUUGAUGGAGAGAUCGGAGGGGCAGCAGAGUCAGAGUGAGAGUCGGAUGCCGCUGGGGCAGGUGGUCUCCGACUGCGUGCAGCGGUGGUUCCAGGACGCGCUCAAGGAGGCCAAGGCCGGCGAUAGCGGUAUGCAGGUCCUUGUGGGCCAGAUGUACUACAGUGGCUAUGGUGUCCCCAGAGACCCUCAAAAGGGACGCGCUUGGAUGAAUAGAGCUUCAAAAACUAGGGUUUCAGUUUGGAAUGUAAGUGAUAAACAUCCAGGUUACAAUGCAAGUGACUCAGAUUCGGAUGAAUCAAAGGGUGAUGCAAAAUAAGGUCAAAUGUGAUCUCUUCUGUUGGAUUUACCAAUAUGCAAAAACGAUGAAUUCUGGGCUGUGCGGUGCUAACAAGGUUUCCAUGAAAUCUACAGACUGAUUUUGCUGCUAUCUUUGCCUCAAUUUUUUUUUUCUCUCUCUCUCUUGUUAAUUCGCCUUAUUUACUCUCUUGGUACAUUCCUUGUAUGCUGCUGUAUUUAUACAUAGACUUAAGGCUGUGUAGAGACGUCUUUUUCUUUUUUACAGGAUUUUCAUUCUCAUGGCUUAUUUUGUUGCUAUGAAGUAUUAAGAUGAAAUUCUUGUUCUUUGGCCCUAAAUGACUCCUUUGGAAAAUUAUUGGUAAUUUUGAAUGAUCUUGCUCCC